CUGUUGCCAGUCUUCGCUUAGACUUCGGAGGAGAGACUACUUGAGGAGUCCUUGAGUAGACCUCCUUAGACCUCUGUGGGAGUGGUUCCUUGAUCCUCUAUCCUUGAGGACAUCUCCUUGACAGUCUUCAAUCUUCUCCAACCCUUGGGAGUGGUUCCUCAACUCUAUCCUUGAGGAUAUCUCCUUGAGAGUCUUCAAUCCUCAUAGUGAGGAGAAAGAUAGAAAGAUUCUUUCUUCUCUCUACCGAAGAGUGAGUGAAUCCUUCUACCACAAGGAGUGCAGUGAUUAGUUUUUCAGUACCUCUAAAAUUUUUGUAUUUUAUGGACGAAUAGUUUCAAAUAACUUUCAUUUGUUUCUUCAAAUUUUCGUCAGUUUUCCACCUUGAUAUUGGAUAUUCACUGUUUUAAUCAAGAUGGAGAAUAAUUAUUCAAGAUGUAUGAAAAUAGCGGCGUCAUUAUUAUUUUUCGCUACAUUUUUCACCUGUGCUCAUGCAGAGAAAGAUGCCAGAAUAGUAUGCUACUUCAGCAACUGGGCUAUCUACAGGGAAGGUGUGGGGAGGUACACCAUAGAUGAUAUACCACCAGGAAUGUGCACCCAUCUUGUCUACUCCUUCAUUGGAGUCAGUAAUGUCACGUGGGAGGUCCUAGUUCUCGAUCCUGAGGUGGAUGUGGAACAACAUGGCUACAGCAACUUCACAGCCUUGAAGCAGAAAAUGCCAGGACUGAAAGUAGAAUUGGCAGUAGGUGGCUGGGGAGAAGGGGGUCGCAAAUAUUCACAGCUUGUUUCCAUGAAGGAGCGUCGGGAUUCAUUCAUCAGGAGUGUGGUUGAAUACAUGCACAAAUACAAUUUCGACGGCUUCGAUUUGGACUGGGAAUAUCCGGGGGCAGCGGAUCGAGGAGGCAGUUUCUCGGACAAGGAUCGCUUCUUCUAUUUCGUGGAGGAGCUGAGGACAGCUUUCGUUAAGGAAGGAAAAGGAUGGGAGAUCACUAUGGCUGUGCCUUUGGCCAAAUUCAGGCUCAACGAAGGAUAUCAUGUCCCCGAACUUUGCGAACUAGUGGAUGCAAUUCACGUAAUGUCAUACGACUUGAGAGGUAACUGGGCUGGAUUCGCUGAUGUACAUAGUCCUCUCUAUAAGAGACCGCAUGAUCAGUGGGCCUACGAAAAACUAAACGUUAACGAUGGUCUCCAGCUGUGGGUAGACUACGGAUGUCCACCUGAUAAGCUGGUGGUUGGAGUUCCUUUCUACGGACGUUCGUUCACUCUGAGCGCAGGGAACAGUAACUACAAUCCUGGCACUUAUAUCAAUAAGGAAGCCGGAGGUGGCGCCCCUGGUAACUAUACUAAAGCCAAGGGAUUUCUCGCUUAUUAUGAGAUCUGUGUAGCUCUGCAGGAGAAGAACAGUGAAUGGGUAGAGAAAUGGGAUGAUGCUGGAUUCUGUCCUUAUGCUUACAAAGGAACACAGUGGGUUGGCUAUGAGAAUGAGAAGAGCUUACAAAUCAAAAUGGACUGGAUAAAGGAGAAAGGUUACGCCGGAGCGAUGACCUGGGCGAUAGACAUGGACGAUUUCAGGGGUCUGUGCGGCCCUGAAAACCCUCUCAUCAAGGUUCUGCACAAGAACAUGAAGGACUACAAGGUUCCAACACCUACGAUCACCACUACACCACGGCCGGAAUGGGCACGACCUUCCAGUACCACAUCGGGAACACCUGUGAUCACCAAACCACAAACCACAACCACGAAACCCCACAAAUCCACCACAAAACGACCACGCCCCUCCAAGAAACCAAAACCUACCACCACCACCACAACCACUACAACCACAGAGGAACCCGUGGAGAUCACUGAGGAAACCACUGACGAGAUUGUCACCACUGAGGUUGCUCCCGAGAUCCCCGUGAUUCCUGAGACCCCUGAAGUACCGGAAGUAGGCCUACCGGAAGUGCCGGAAGUACCAGAGGUGCCGGAAGUUCCCGAGGUACCCGAAGUGCCGGCGGAAACACCCGAAGUUCCCGAGGAGCCUGAGACUGGGGAGACAGUGGACGCCAGUACUGACGGAAGCUCCACUAACAACGAGAUUGCUUCCAAUGAUGUGGACUGUUCCACAGAUGGGUUCAAACCGCACAGGAGUUGUAAUAAGUUCUACCAAUGCGUGUACAACAAACCCCUACUGUUCACAUGUCGACCUGGCACUGUUUGGAACCAGGAAAUGACGAUCUGUGAUUGGCCAGAGAAUAGUCGAAGAAAUGACUGCAAGAAAGACAGCAGUGCUGCCGAAACUCCAUACGUUGACAACGAAACUGUGCUUAGUCAGCAAUAGGCUCUAGAUUUCACACAAAAAUUGGGGAAAUUUUAAUGAAAAUAUUACAAAAAAGUUAUGCCCGCCGCGGAAUUCGAACCGUCAUUAUAUGAAAGCAUUUUGGAAAUGAUUUCAGUAGCCUUUAAGGUGCGAUUUCUAGGACACUUCUCACAAGCAAACAGCUUUCUGUAACAAAAAUUGAACUAAACUAAUAAGCUUCUUAAUCAACUAUUCAA